UAACAUAUAUAUUCAGCCUUCCUGGUGGCAGAUACAUUUGAGAUAAGUAUAAAGGAGAUUACUAUUAAACUCUUCACCUGAGAAUAAAUAUUAGGCAAACCUUUUGACCCAGCCACGAUGCGUUCAAGUAGCAUAAUGUACUAAUUUAAGUAAAUGCAACCUGUUUAGUCUAUGCUUAUUAUAUACAGUCUAUGGUCCAUGCAUGUGCAAAGCAAACCCAAUUUGACGAUUUGAAUGGGAGUGUGAAAUACAGGCAGCAGCCUGGUGCCAGAACAAUUGUUUCUCAGAACGUCUCUUGUUUGUCUAAAGACACAGCAGAGAAACAAGUGAAAACUUUAAAAGCAACCAAACAAGGAUUGGGCUCUCCUUCAUAAAUAUUUGUUAUGGACUGCUUGUCUGCUGAUGGAAGGAAGAGUCUCCACUGUUAAUCCCAAAAAAAACUCAUGGUCAGAGCUUUAUGUUCCAGCCUUCCUGUUUUACCUCAGAUCAGUGCACUGCAUCUUCCAAGCCUCAUUCUGUCUGAUGAUGCCCACAACCACUAUUGGUUGUUGCCUGCUGCCUUCUUGUAGAUUGUUAGGUUUUUGUUCACUUUGUGAUUUGCCUCUGAUUUGUAGAGGUCAGGGAUGGUGGAAGAGGACGGUCAUGUGCUGAAGGAGAAAACCGAGGCACGGACAUCGGGAUGCCACAGGCUGUCUCACUGCUGCCCUUUCUGCUGGCACUCAUGGGAUGUGCUUUGGCAGGGCUCAAUAUCUGGCCCUCCUUCCACGUUGCCCUCAGCAACGCCAGUGUAUUUGUGGACUUCAGCACAAAAUCCAACAGCAGCACCAUCCGCAACACGAGCCUUUCGCUGGUCAACACGGAAACCAACACCACCCUUCUGACCAGGACUAUCCCCAACAUCCAAUCGGCCAGUAGGGUGGAGUUCAACUGUUCUUGCUUCCUGUAUGCAGGAACUUUCCGGUUCCUGCUGAGGCAGACCAGCAUCACUGCUGUUUCUCGUGCUAAUGGCACACACGGCAGUAGCGCGGAGAGCACUACCUGGUGGUGGAGUUCAGAACUGCAGGUGCAGUGGCCCACCUUUCACAUCGCUGUGGACAGGGCCGGUAACCACUCAGGAUCAUUUCAGGUUGGGAUAUCCACCAAUGAACACUUUCAGGCUUGCUCCAGCGGCACCGACUCGGCUCUCUUCUUAGAAGUCAGCUACAUGGAGUACAACCAGAUAGGGCGAAUCAGCAUCGACAAGGUCCAAGCCCGCACGCGACACCCAAUCAAACCCCUCCGUUCCCAGAGUGUUGAGCUGUCCUGCGCCUUCCCCUUCACAGAGAGAGACUUCAUACAAGUGGCUUUACGAUCUCCUCACGCAACACAGGAUGUGAAGAGCUCUGGACCGCUCUACCUGUCCCGCAUCUUCUCCUAUAAGCUGCUGGUGGAAAAUACCAACGCUUACAGGAGUGGUUGUGAAGGGACUAUGACUGUUAAACUGAUAACCCCACCUUGUGCUCACAUCAAUGGGAAAGUAUUGCUGUAUAAGGAUGCAGGUGUUGGGAGAGGGAUUGCGGGUUCCUCGGGGAUGGAGGCAGGUGAAACAGCACUGGUGGGGUUUGGAGCAGAGGAGCCCCCUUCACCUCUGUUGGCUUUCAACUGGCUGACCCAGGGAGAGAACGAGACAGAAUUCAACUGCUCUGUGUUUUACACUGGAAGGAACAAGUACUGCUUUCGCUUUGUUUUCAACUUCAGUCGCUCCCCGAGCCCUGCACAGACCUGUUUGGUGGUUCACAGGAGUGCAGAGUCAAGGGGCCCGUGGCUGCCGUGGAGUGUGUGCAGUGUGAGCUGCGGAGAGGGGGUGAGGGAACGAGUGCGUGAGUGUUUGCUGCCCUCAGGUGCGGGAGGGAUGCAGUGCACUGGCAUGGUGAAGGAACAGUCCCUCUGCUCGCUGGAGGCCUGUGUUGUGGUGCCCGCUCCUUCUCCAUCCCUCCCCCCCGUGGCUGUCGGAGUUGCCCCCCUGGGUGGUAACAUGGUGGUGGUGGUCGGUAUCUCCCUCUGCCUGGCUGUGAUUCUGGCUACUGUUCUGGUGACUUUGUGGAGAAAGCUUUGCAAGACCCCUCAGUGCAGCUCUGUCCGCAGAGGCUCCAUGCAUUCCCCUGGGGGACGCAAGCUCUCCGACGAGGCGUCCAUUUGUGGCCACAGCCUCCAGAGGCCCAGCCUGUCUGACGGCCACGGCCAACCGGGGGGCACGGGUGUGGGUGUAGCCCAGAUAGACAGGCCUUCCCUGAGCAGUCAGCCUCUCUCACAGACCCUGGUGGUACCUCUCUCACAGGAACAAGAAAGGCUGUCACCCACAGGUCAGAAGGUGCUGCCACCAAUAUUUGGGUACCAUUUGGCUCAGCAGCAGUUGAAAGCAAUGAAGAAGAAAGGGUUAAAAGAGGCAACACAGCUGUACCAUGUCUCUUCCAGCCCUGUCCAUGACACCGUGUUAGGGACAUCUGCUUCACCCACAAACUCCCCCAUUCCUACGCCAAGUGGAUUGACUCAUCCCAUACUCCCCGUGGGCCUCCAGGACGACGCUAACCACAAUCAUUUUCGGGUUGCAACUCGCUUUUCUGAGCUGCCAUCGCAGACUUCUAGGGUCCCGCCGGACAGACUGAGUCCCAGAGUGGAACUCGUCUUAGGUCCCUCUGCUCAUGCAAGUGGGGGCAGCUCAAAAUGGCGUGACCGCACUGCUGACUGGGUGGAGAUGGUAGAGAGGAGUGGGUUAGUUGGUCUCAGAGGAAGAGGAGGAGGAGAAGAAGCAGGAAUGAGAAAUUCCUUUAAUAAGAAUCCAAAUUUCCGCCGGACCUCCAGUUUUAACGACACCAAACCCCAACCUCUAUCCUCUGUACACUCCAGACAGUUCAGAGAAAGGAGCAUGACCCAGGUUGGAUCUCGGACCCUUCCUGAAGGAAGUUGUUGGAAUAAAGGAGGAUGGGAGAGGCAGCCGUACAGCUCUUACCCCAUUCCAGAGCACGGGGCCCCAGAGUGGGCUAAAUCCAGACCCAAGAGAAAUGAGCAGAGGAAGCCCUGGAUAGAGACAGCUGCUCCUUCUCACAGCAAUGAGCUCAAACACACAGGAACCAACACAAACAGCAUUUCAGCAGCUGAGAAACAUGCCAAAGCAGAAGUCGGUGGCGCUCAGGACAGGCAAAGGAGUGGUGAGGCGGGAGGCGGAGAGGGAAUCUCGGGGAUCGGGGGUCCAGCCACGGGGCCCGUCAGCCUGAGUGUGGAUCGCGCAGAGCGUGCUGAGCAGAACUGGAACCGUCGUGGCCCAUCGCCUAUCCAGAGGAACAUCCUGGCCCGGAAAUUGAAGGAGGCUCAGUCGUACUCUGGGGUCAAGGGGCGGCAGCGCAGCUCCACCUUUAGUGUAUCGCCCUCGGAGCAGAGGAAAGGCCGCUGCCACUCUCUGCCAAUGUCUGGAGGCUACAGCAGCAGUGGCGGCUCGCCCUACAGGCUGAGUGAGGCAGAGCAGAGGAUGUUGGACCUAGAUCUGUCCUCAGCAUAUGUAGGCGAAGAGGACUAGAUGUUUGUAGUACUGCACCAGGGAGGAAUUUAGCGUCAUCCUCUCUGCCAUAUCUGUGACUUGAUCCUAACACAGACACACAUAUCAGUGAAGAUUGUAUUGUAUGUUUGAGAUUUUGGAAGUUUGCUUAUAUAUAAGGGAGAGAGAAAAACAUCUAAUUUUAUUUUUUGAAAAGCUAUUUAAGUUUCUAUUUCAAAAAAACGUUUUUCCAUUAAAUUUUUUUUUAUUGGAAUUAUUUAAUUUUUUAAAUUGGAUAUGCAUUAUAAUUUAACAUAUACUAUCUUCAGAGUGUUUCUUAAUGUAUCAACUACUGGUACAGUAUUCACCACAAUAAGUCAUAUGUGCCCUUCCAAUGACAGCAUUCAAAACAGCACAGAAGACAGGUUAGUCUUCUUGUUCUACAUUGCUGAAUGUGCUUAUUUUAUCAUGCUGUGAAGUCCCACUGUAUAACAUUGUGCUGUUGUGAAAGUCACUCUCACUCUGAAGUGACAUUGUUCUAUGUGACAUAAGCAACGUCAACAAUUUUUCAGAAGUCAGAACAGCAGUAUGCAGUUGUAACUGUGUUUGAGGACAGUCAAAAAUUAACAUCAGUGAGGCAUUGUGGCUGAGUUGCCGUUUGUUUUAUUGUUUGAGUAAUUUUAUACACUUCAUAGAAAGCAUUGCUUAGUGGAAAAUAGAAGAUACUGUACUGUCAACAUUUGAUUAUGGUUUCAAAUGACUGAACAAUGGUUGAAGUUCAAAUAGAAAGAAAUUAAACACAA